ACCACACACCACUACACCACCACCGCACUCGCGCCGGAACAAAACGCGGAGCGGUCGACCAGCCACCGCACACCACCACCGGCGCGCUGCCCGCCCGCCCGCCUGCUACUGUUCCCCCGUCUCCGCGCUAUCGGAGCACCGGGUCCGUGUGGGUGUGGCGCCUACCUGGAACAGCCUCGGCCGCCGUCCCCGCAGCGGCCGCUUUCUAGCUGCUUCCCGUUGGCUCGCGGGCGGCCGCGGUCGUGAGCGCCUGGGCGAGUGGCGACCCUGCUUUUUUUUUUUUUUGGUUCUCGGGGUAUUCCUCGGCUCGGCUGGCACCACUGUUGCUUUCCCCAAUCCAAUCCUCUCCGUGAUCGACUGCCGCGGAUGGAGGCGCUGAAGAAGCAGGCCAGCAAGCUCCGGCAGCACGUCGCCAAGCAGCAGCAGGCGGUUUUCAAGCAGUUCAGUGCGCGAUAUAAUCAAGACCCCUCUCUUGUCGAUGAAGCGGAGCUUGAGUGCCACCAGAAUCUCCAGAGGCUUUACAGUACUACUAGAGCAGCUAAGCAUUUCCAGCGAAACAUUGUACGAGGCGUGGAAGGUUUCAUUGCCGUUAGCACCAAACAGAUGGAGAUAGUGAGAAAACUAGCUGAGGAUUGUUGCAAAUAUGGAAACGACAAUCAUCAUUUUGGUUUUGCUCUUGCUAAGGCAUCUGAGGAGUUUGGUAAAUCUCAUAAACAAAUAGAGAAAGAGCGGGAGGAUCUUCUUAAAAUUCUUGGAGAGCAGGUUUUUGAGCCUCUCCGAGAAAUGAUAAUGAGUGCUCCUCUUGAAGAUGCUCGCUUGCUUACUUACCGUUAUCAACGGAUCAGACAAGACAUGGAGUCUCAGAUAGCUGAUGUGAUGAGAAAGCAACUUAAGUCCAAGGAAAGUAGUGGGAAUGCAGAUAACUCUAUGAAACUGCAACAUGCAGAAUCGAAAUUAUCAGAGCUUCGAACUACACUGGCAGCAUUGGGAAGAGAAGCAACUGCAGCUAUGGAGGCUGUAGAGGCUCAGCAACAGCAAGUUACAUAUGAACGUCUCCUUGCAAUGGUUGAUGCUGAGAGAACAUAUCAUCAAAACGCUGCUGAUAUUCUGAGUAAACUUCAUGAUGAGAUGCUCCUUGCAAAGCAUCAUAAUGAAUCAACAAACCAUUACGAUGAACAGUCAUCUGAGCCUGAAUCAGAAACAGCUCCAGCACAACUGCACUCAGAUAGCACAUCUGAUGAUCCAGUACUAACUAAACCUAGCGAACCCACGGGGAAUGGUCAGGAGGUACAAUUUCUUGGGGAGGUUAUUCAUCCAUUCGAUGCUCAGGCUGAUGGUGAGCUCAGUCUAUCCGUGGGUGAAUAUGUUGUGAUCCGCCAGGUGGCGGCGAACGGUUGGUCGGAAGGGGAAUGCAAGGGAAAGGCUGGCUGGUUCCCAUCUGCCUAUGUAGAGCGGAGGGACAAAGCCCCGGCAAGCAAGGUGAUAGAGCCUGGACUUCUGACUACUUGAUCCAUGGCGUACUUAUGGUUGCUGACUUGCUGUCAUCGUCCUUUUUCUUCAUUAUUGUACAUGACAUGUUGGAUGAGCGACUAGUGUUUCGUAGAGCUUUUACCUUUCUGUGCAGAUUUGUUCUUCUAGGCUUCUUCCCUUGCUUGAUAACUGUAUGUAAAGUAUAGUUUUGGGCCCUAGGAUUUCCUUUUGGUAUAUGACAAUGUACAGAGCUAUUGGUGAUGAGAAGCUGUCAACUUGCCCUUUAUAUUCGGACAGCAUGCUUCCUGCCAAA